GGGCGCCUAUCUCUAUGGGCACCUCUCUCUAGGGGCGCCUGUCUCUGGGCCCCUAUCUCUAGGGGCGCCUAUCUCUAGGGGCGCCUAUCUCUAUGUGCGCCUAUCUCUAGGGUCGCCUAUUUCUAUGGGCGCCUAUCUCUAUGGGCGCCUCUCUCUAGGGGCGCCUAUCUCUAUGGGCGCCUAUCUCUAUGGGCGCCUAUCUCUAUGGGCGCCUCUCUCUAGGGGCGCCUAUCUCUAUGGGCGCCUCUCUCUAGGGGCACCUGUCUCUAUGGGCUCCUCUCUCUAUGGGCGCCUAUCUCUAUGGGCGCCUAUCUCUAUGGACGCCUAUCUCUAUGGGCGCCUAUCUCUAUGGGCGCCCAUCUCUAUGGGCGCCUAUCUCUACUGGCGCCUAUCUUUAUGGGCGCCUAUCUUUAGGGGCACCUAUCUCUAG